AUGGAGAUAUAUACGAUACCAUCUAGUUCACCGGAAGAUAAUUGGGGUGACGAAGCUUUACUCUCCUGGGAUGGCGAAGACGAUGCUGAAGUAGUAUCUGUAUCAUCAGUGGCACCUUCGGAAGCUGGUCUAGACAGAGAGGAAGAUGAUGAAGAAGAUUGGGGGAGGGACGCUUAUCUCGAAUGGGCUUAUGAAGGGGGAGACGACGCUGUUUCCACAAAUGAUGAUAUGUCAGAGGAUGAGAAUGCCCUUGGCGAAGAUAUGGAGGAUGAGGAUGAGGAUGAGGAUGAUGAAGAUGACGAUAGUGGAAAACUUCUCCAAUUAGAAAGUCCCGCACAACUUGUAUCAAGAGGUAUGCCAGAUUAUUCCACAUGGGAGUUGAAAAAGCUUCAACGUUUGAUUGUUGGAUAUGGCUAUCGAACGAGUAAUGACCGUAAGUCAUUGGAAAAAUUGGCGAUUGAUUGUUGGAGAUCUAUCAAUCCGCCUUCAAGCCCAAUUAUCACUUCGACGUCUCUAACUCCCGCCAAAAACACAAACUCGAAACGACCAAUAGAACGAGAUUCAAGCGUCAGUUCGGCAGACGUUCCCCUAGCACAAGUAAAAGACACCAAGAAGCAAAAAGGGAAAUCCAAAGAAACAGCUUUGAAUAUAGUGGAUAGUCAGGAUUCGCCGCAUGGUGCGAAUCGAGCGAAGUCAAGUAAGGGUAAAAGGACAAUUAGGGGCAAAGUGGAUGAAAAAGACAAAGACAAUGGAGUUGCGAAAAGCGGCAAAGUCGAUCUCAGUAAGAGGUUUUAUGAUAUGAUUAUGAAUGAUCAAGAAUUAUGGUUAAGGAUAUUACGAUAUGAACCCAUCAGCUUUGAUGAACUUGUCAGUAAAUCUAUAGCAUCUGGUAUCGAUAAAGAAUCGAGAAGUUGGAAAAAGGAUUUGAAAAAAUAUCUUGAUCUCCAGAGCAUAUCAUUCUUCACAGAGGAUCCGACGGGUGGACAACGACGAAGGCAUUAG